AUGGAAGAUAUCGAGGAUUUGUUCGCCGGAGGAGGCGGUGGUGCACCACCAGGGUUCCGAUUACCGGUGAAUUCUGUCGGGAUAAAUCCGAAGACGAGUAAGAUCAAACGUAUUAGCUCGAAACAAGAUGAUAUUACUGCUUCGAAUCGUGAUUCGCUUGCUCCACCAUCUUUGAAGAUUCCAGGAACUCAGACGAUAUACAUCAAGACAUUUGGAUGUUCACAUAAUCAGAGUGAUAGUGAGUAUAUGGCUGGUCAGCUCACUGCAUUCGGCUAUGCGUUGACAGAAGUCCCAGAUGAUGCUGAUCUGUGGCUCAUUAACACUUGUACAGUGAAAUCCCCAAGUCAGUCUGCUAUGUCUACUCUGAUAUCGAGAGGUAGAAGUGGGAAAAAGCCUCUUGUGAUAGCCGGGUGUGUUCCUCAGGGCAGUCGUGACCUUAAAGAACUAGAAGGUAUCAGUGUAGUUGGAGUCCAACAGAUUGAUCGUGUUGUUGAAAUUGUGGAAGAAACUCUUAAGGGUCAUGAAGUGAGGCUGCUUAAUCGAAAGACUUUACCUGCGCUUGAUCUACCAAAGGUGCGUAAGAACAAUUUCAUCGAAAUUCUCCCCAUUAAUGUUGGCUGUUUAGGUUCCUGUACUUACUGCAAGACCAAGCACGCCCGUGGUCACUUAGGAAGUUACACAGUCGAUAGUCUUGUGGAGCGGGUAAGAACUGUAAUAUCUCAAGGAGUUAAGGAGAUUUGGUUGAGCAGCGAGGACACUGGAGCAUAUGGUCGUGACAUAGGAGUUAAUCUUCCAAUACUGCUUAAUGCUAUCGUUAAAGAGCUUCCUUCUGAUCAAAGCACAAUGCUUAGGAUUGGAAUGACUAAUCCUCCCUUUAUUCUCGAGCAUUUGAAAGAAAUAGCAGCCAUUUUACGUCACCCAUGUGUCUACACCUUUCUUCAUGUCCCUGUGCAAUCUGGCAGUGACUCUGUGUUGACGGCCAUGAACAGGGAAUAUACAUUGAGUGACUUCAGGACUGUGGUAGACACCUUAACAGAACUUGUGCCAGGGAUGCAAAUUGCAACUGAUAUUAUAUGCGGCUUUCCUGGUGAAACCGAUGAAGAUUUUUCUCAAACAGUUGAGCUUAUUAAGGAUUACAAGCUUUCUCAAGUUCAUAUUUCUCAGUUUUACCCGAGACCAGGGACCCCAGCAGCGAAGAUGAAGAAGGUACAAAGUAAAAUAGUGAAACAACGAAGCCGUGAAUUGACUUGUGUCUUUGAGGCCUUUGCACCUUACACUGGAAUGGAGGGCAAGGUAGAGAGAAUAUGGAUAACCGAAAUAGCUACCGAUGGAGUUCAUUUGGUUGGGCAUACGAAGGGAUAUAUACAGGUGUUAAUUAGUGCACCAGAAAGUAUGCUUGGGACUUCAGCAAUGGCGAGGAUAACAUCCGUGGGGAGAUGGUCAGUGUUUGGUGAGGUGAUUGAGACAUUAAGCUCUGCAACAACAAAUGUAGAAACACAAGCGCGAGAGGAGAAAAAAACGCCUAGUUCGUCCGAUAGUAUCACUUGUGAGAAUUGCGAUUGCUCUGCUGAGAGCUGUGGAGAAGAGAAAUCAGGAGAGUGCAAGACAGGUGGGGUGCUUAUCGUCGAGCGGUCACAGAAGUUCACUUUUCUCGAAGAGAGGAAUGAACAAACAGAUAAUACAAUGACGAAUCUAUUGGCUUUGUGUCUUGUCUUGAGCACUUUACUUGCGGCGGAAGUAUGGUCUCCGAGCCCACCCACAUCCACUCACGGCACCGGAUCUGAAGGUGAUGUCAUCGUCAAAGACGGACACCGUGUUGUGGUGGUUGAGUACGAUCGCGAUGGUAAAACCAAUACCAGAGUCUCGAUCUCGCCACCAUCGGCAGAUCAAGGAGACGAAGAACAAAAGGGAAAUGCUCUGUUUCGAAAUGCCAAAGAGAAAGCGAAAGAAACGGCGUCGUAUUUACCUAACGUCGGCCAAGGCAUCUCUCAGCCGGUGGUGACCGGAGAAGAGUCACGUGAUCACCACGCUACUGCUGGUGAAGUCAUAUGCGACGCGUUCGGUAAGUGUAGGCAGAAGAUCGCGAGUGUUGUCGGUAAGGGUAAAGACCGAACCGCCGGUACCGUCGGUGAUGUUGGCGAGACGAUUUCCGAUGCUGUGGCGGAGAAGGCUCACGAUGUGAAGGAGACGGUUGCACGUGCCGCACGUGACGUGGAAGAAACGGUAUCUGAUAAAGCCGAACAUGCGAAGGAGAAGGUAACCGGCAAAGCGUAUGAUGUGAAGGAGAGUGUAGUGCAUAAAGCUCAAGACGCUAAAGAGAAAGUAAAAGAAAAAGCCCACGAAGUGAAGGAGAGUGUGGCUCAUAAAGCUCAUGAAUCGAAGGAGGCGGCUAAAGAUAGAGUGAGAGAGAAGGCUCACGAGUUGAAGGAGACGGCGGCUCAUAAGUAUGAGAACGAGUGGGAUAGAGUUAAGACGGCGGCGCGUGGAUUCGGGUCAGAGACGGUUGCGGCGCUGAGUCCGACGAAGGUAGGGAGCGUGGUGGGUUUAACAGCGAUUGCGGCUGCGUAUGGGACUUGCGUGUGGGUGACGUUUGUGUCGAGCUACGUGUUAGCCUCGGUGUUGGGGAGACAACAGUUUGGGGUGGUGCAGAGUAAGCUUUAUCCUGUUUACUUCAAGGCGAUCUCUGUGGCAAUACUUGUGGGUUUGUUUGGUCACGUGCUUAACCGCCGCAAGAAACUUCUUACCGAUGCGGCGGAGAUGUGGCAAGGGGUCAAUCUCUUGGCCUCUUUCUUUAUGAUCGAGGCUAAUAAGUCAUUUGUGGAGCCACGUGCCACCAAGGUUAAUCUACACUUACCAUGGCUAAAGUUUUAUAUUUGA